UCGGACGACGCAAAGGCGUACGGCUGCCAGAAAGAUGUCGAGCCAGUCAAGGAAAAGUGAAAUGAGCCACUCACAGGAUGUGAUGCUCUGUGAGCUGGUCUCGCAACACCCUUGCCUUUACGACCUGAAGAAUCCCAAAUAUAGGGACACUUUGUUCAGAGACAGAAUUUGGGAAGAAAUAGGAGCACAAUUGAAACUGGCAGGUGAUAUGUGCAAAAACAGAUGGAGGAAUAUUCGGGACUCGUAUCAGAGAAAUAAACGAGAAAGAAAGCUUGGAACAGGUUCACAUGCCUCAGCAAAACCAAGAAAAUGGGUUCUGCUUGAUCACUUGGCUUUCCUGGAGACAGUUCAACAAGAGAGGCAAUCUAUCUCCAAUAUUUCUCUAUCCGAAGAAACGUCUGACAGUAUAGUUUCUGACAUAACUGAUUUCGAGGAGAAUACAGACGUUGAAUCUCCUCAGCCAGAAACGUCUGAAAUGACAGAGGUGGAAUGCACAGUAGAUCUAGGUACAGCUUCAAAGCAGUUGAAUCAAGAACCUCGUCCCAGCGGCACAAACGUACGUAAAAGGAAGAAGUUGCGUUCUGAGGAUAGAAUAUUUGACCUGCUCGAAAAACGACAGAGUGAGCGGGAAAAGGCAUUUGAAGAAAUAAAAAAAAGAUGCCUGGAGACAAGUCCAAAGGAAGAUGAUGUCGAUUUGUUCUUACGCAGCAUGGGCCUGACAAUGAAAUCAUUCCAUCCUACUAUUUUGGCAGAGACAAAAAAAAAAAAAAUCUGCAUUCUAGUGAUGGACAUGCAACUUGAAAAUGAAAAGUUUCAGACUACGGCAGAACAGCCUAAAACUAUCUGA